AUGGGGCAUAGUUCGAAGAAGAAAAAGAAAGGAGGAGGAGGGGGUGGAAGGAGAAGCAAAGGAAGGUCUCAAUCAAAAGACAAUUCCUUUAAUGCAGAUGACAAUGAACUUCUUGCUGAAGAGAUUACUGCCUUAAAUGCAAUAUUUCAAGAAGAUUGCAAGAUUGUUUCGGACUCACCUCCACAAAUCAUCAUAAAGCUCAGGCCUUACUCAAAAGAUAUGGGCUAUGAGGAUCUAGAUGUUUCAGCUCUGCUUUCAGUCAGGUGCUUGCCUGGAUACCCAGACAAGUGUCCGAGGUUGCAGAUUACUCCUGAAAAAGGUUUGACAAAAUGUGAUGCAGAUAAUCUUCUAUCUCUCCUAAAUGACCAGGUAAAGGAUGACUAG